AUGACUUCAAUUUCAUUUGACUCGACAAGACCUCACGCGUCAGACAGGUCCUUCAGUGACGAGGAAGAUUCUCCUGGAGACCGAGUUGGUAUGCCGUCAGAAUCGGAGAUAGACCCUGUCGACACAGACUAUGAUAAAUCGCCGCAUUCGCCAAGUUCAGAAGGGGUACCGCCUAUUGAUUCCGGCUCAAAACGGAGGAGAAAAUCCGUUCCAAGACAGAACAAAGAGCCUCGCCUGGCAUUCGUCGAGGAUUUCGAUGAAGAUGCAGACCAUGAAGACGGCGAGGAUGAAGUCGAAUCGUUCGACGGACACUAUUCGCCCUCUGAAAAUACUGAUACAGAGUACAGCUCCUCGGAAUCUCCUGACAGAGAUUCAAGACGUAUGACAAAUAACCAUCCAAGGGCAUGGCGACCCACGCCCACGAAUUAUUCGCCUAGUUACAGUCCAGAGAUGAGUCGUUCUGGUUGGCCUUCACCAGGGCGCCAACAUCGCGUGCGUUCGCGAUCAAAGCAUGUGAAAAAUGAUUAUGUUCGCCCGGUGUAUGUGGAAGACGCCUCCAGCAACUUGUCUGUAACGGUAACUCUUCGGUCUAUCAAUGGAGAACGGUGGACAAACAUGGCCCAUCCCAUGGCCCAGCCGUGGAUGCAAGCUAAAAGCGAGCUGGCUCAUGGUUCCAAAACGGAGUAUUUCGCGAUCCGUGCAGCGGAUCAUUAUGCCGACGAUGUUGGCGAUAGCAUGAUCACGUUGGUUUGUUAUGACGAAGAUACACCGAAGCAGAAUGAACUUGUCCAGAUGCGGUGGCUGCACUUGCAGCAAGCAGACUCAGAUUUACAGAUGUUUGAAGACCUUAUCCUUCACUGCCCACAUGUGGACACUGGCUUGAAAUCAGUUGCGCUUGCACUGCUCCGCGAUCGUGGGCGUCCUUCUGGUCUUUCCUCGUUGCAGUGGAGGCCUCGGGAGAAUAUCAGUCGUUAUGACUACAGAGACAACCUUGGAGUUUGGAAUGAACAGUCUGUCACAUUUAUGAAAGUACCGUUCUUCACAAUGAAGAAGAAGUUCAAACCUGUUCCUGGUCAGACAACAUCUAGCUCUGCCGUACCGCUCCGGUACCACACGUAUAUGGACAAUGGGCUUGUUGAUUGUGAUUUUUGGACAACUAGUACACGAUCUCCUGUCAUUGGUGCUGAUUCCGGAGACGAACUUUAUGUGACAUAUUUGUCGUGCUUGCUACUCGGAUCGGGCACAAUCAUAACCUGUGGGGACAUCUCUGCCUCAGAUGUACUCGCAUCUAGUAUAACCAUUGAUAAAAUGUCGAAGACGGCCAAACAACCCUGCGCCAUUAGAAUUGUUGACCCCGAGUCUAGGCAUUUCUACCUCGUCAUCGAGCUACCGCUGCCAUACUUUGAAUUCAUGAAACACGCUUCAAACGUAGUCAGACUACCAAACGAGGAACUAUCCCACGCCAACCUUAAGCUCCUCACAGAAGACCAUGAUUUACUCACACCUGAGCGAUGGGUGGAUCUAAUGGAGCGCGAAGACCUUAACAACCUCCAACUACAAUUGAUUAGAGAUGAUGAACACUCAGUUGAGUCUGAUGACUCUGGCGCUGAGCCCAUAUCAGUGAGAAUACACCGGAGCAAUCAGAAAGUAUAUAAACGUGGAAGCAAUACCACAGGAAAGGUGGUGAAUGAUGUGCAGAACAUAAUUCCAUCUAAGCAUUACAUUAUCGAUUCAUCUUCUGAAACUGAAGAUUUCGACGGCGAAGGGGCAGAUCAAGUGCAACAGACCACGACAGAAAAGCUCACUGCAAAAAGCAGUUCAGUUAGUUCGGGAACAGGAGACGAUGCAAAGCAUGAGGCGUCCAGCUUUCCAAAAGCCGAGAGCCAACGGGACCGAGCCGUUCAUUUCGCCAACGACACCCAUGUUUGCAGAAGCAUGGAUACCACCCCCGUCGAGAACGCAGGUUCCCUCAGCCCUCCACCGACUGCCAGGGCGCCGUUAAUCACUCAUCCAUUCUUCACAUGGAAUGCGGUUUCAUACAGCACUAGUCGUACAAGUGAUGGCCAAUCGCAUGUCAAGGUGUAUAAUCUCUUGAAUCAGGUCGACAAAUCCAUGGCAAGGAAGCGACAGAGAACUGAAAGAUACCUCUAUCGGCGCGGGUUUGAAUGCACAAUGCAAGAGCUCGAGCGUCGGCAUCCUUAUCUGACAAGUACCCUAUCAAACAGCGUAUCAGAUCAGAUAUUCGAGGCGAAAAGAGACGUACUUGAUGAGACUACGAGGCGCGCUGAUGGGUUUAAGGGCGAAGGAUUCCAUCCCGUACUCGAGGAAGACCGCAAUAUCGACGCCAUACAUCAUCCGUCCAAAUGGGAAGACGUGGUGAAGAAUGAUCUUCGUCCGCUUUUCACCUUGUCCAAAGGUGUUGCCCAAACCUUUGUUCCAGCUGAAAUGGAAGUCGUACAAAGGUGUUGGAAGAAGCUUUGGGGCUCUCUAGAUCGAAUAUUGAGGUGCAUCGAGCUUCAUUACAAGUUGUCGAAUGAAUCUACAAAAUAUGUCGUCAACAGCAGAAUGCUAAACAACUUUUCUGUGUUGGGGAAUACCGAGGAGGCAGUACUGAACUGCACCGAUUGCAAAGAAGGCACUUUCUACAAUGACCUUCAAACGACGCUAGAUCACCUACAUGAGAAACACAGUCAGUGCCAGAGCUGCAAUAAACCGAAACGCCUGUUUGAUGACCCAUGUACUGUUUGGGUGAAAGCGACGAUGAUCGGAAGAAAGAGGAAGGUUCUCAACUCGCUGUUCAGUAAGUUGGUCAGGGUGCGUGAGUUUGUUCAAUAUCUUGAAAUCCUUCAGCAAUACGCUAUGGAUCUUCAGCUCUCUGUUCAAUAUGCUGGAAGUGAUGGAAUUAGUCAGGACGUUACAAGCAGACUGCCUUUCCUACCCAGUACUCUGGUCCGGGGAUUUGAGGAAUUCCUUCUCUCCACCAUCUCAUUGGCGCACUACCUUUCUAGAUCAGGCUUUAUCGGUCGUCCUUCUGCCUCAGAACGUCCAUCAAAGAUUCCCUUGAACUUGCGACGCCAUGAACGUUCGCGCGAACCCUCACUGUACCAAAAGCCUGAUUCCAGCGUCCACGCAGGGUCUCGAAAUUCACAUACCCACGCUAGUUCCCACGGUGUGUCCGGUCCUUCUGCCUCUAACACACGUGAUGCGAUUGUUACUCAAUCCAGCAGCAUGGGUAAAGCAACCUUUUGUAUGAAGCAAGCGAGGCGGGACCUAGUCCUUCUCAGUACAACUACUAGCCGAGCUGGCGGCGUCAAUUCAACAUCCAUCAGCCCUGAAUUUCUUCUGGCUGUCAUGAUUUCCAAUAUUAAUUCCCACAUCAACGGGAAAAAGACGGACCUCAUUCAGAUGUACAGCCGCCGGAUGAUGAGGAUUGCGAACCAAACAGCCCAAAAACCGCAGCGGCGCCUAUUUCUGGAGCUAUAUGGCCUAGAAGAUGACAUGUACGCUAUUAGGGGGGUUAUCUUUCAACAGUGGGCAGCGAUCUCCAACUACGACCGUUUGUUGGAUCCGAAUUCGUACAGGGUCACAACUAAGGCACGUCGGACACUGUAUGAAGUUGAGCAUGACUUCAUCGAAAAGGAACAAAUUCGACUGGAGGACCGGACUCUGGAUGUUAACGGUUUUCUAAAUGGUGCUGCGUACUAUCGUAAUCGUAUCAGGCAGCAUAUUGAGAUACUAGAGGAAGGCCACGGAAAGGCCAUUCGGGUCUUUACAUUCGUUACCGUGUUCUUUCUACCGCUGUCUUUCUGCUCCAGUUUCAUGGGGAUGAACACGACGGAUAUUCGAGAGACCAAAUUCGACCAAACCAUCUUUUGGGAAGUUGCCAUUCCAUCAACAAUUGUGAUCUUGGCCCUGGCAUUUUUGUACGGAUACAAGUGGGAUUAUAUCUAUGAGUGGUUCAUCGACUGGCAGGAAGAGAGAAUGGCUAAGAAACAAACAAGAAAACUGGCAGAGAGAUACGGCGAGAGGGACGAACAGCCGAGGUGGCGUGUGCUAGGCGAGAAGCUGAAAAUGGGAGAGCGUGGAAGUAUACAGCCGGAGAAGGAUUGGCGGUAUUUUAGUGGUGUAGCUGUUUAG